GACCACAACUUUCGACCAGCGCGCCGUUUCGCACAAAACCAUGAGCCGCGUGAAGCGGAAGCGCACUGAUGACUUCCUGCUUGCUGAUGAGCCCACCGACAUUGUGAUUAUCACUGCAGACAGCGAGCAGCCGCUCGAGGCGCACACCACAGUCUUGGGCCUGCUUUCGCAUGUGGUUCGCGACUUGCCUCGCGCCAGCAGCUGCAAGACCACCUGGGACCUCUCCAAGCUGGUGCUCGAGGGCCAGAGCAGCCCGGUGUCCUCGGCUGUGGUGCGGCAGUGGCUGGACCUGGUCUACUCGCGGGUGGACGCUGGUCGGCAGCCCCCAAAGUUCCCCAGGCUGUCGGAGGCCGCGCGGUCGCUGUUGCUGUUCGCGGACGCCGUGGGCACUAGCCAGGUUGUGAUGGAUGCCCUCGGCGACGCGCUGGCGGCGCAGCCAAGCCUGGCGCUGCCGGUGGUGGUGAACGGCGGUGGCGGUGGUGGCGAGGGAGGGGCCGCUGGCGGGGGCGGUGCUGCUGCGGCACCGCAGCCGCCGCCGCCACAGCUGCAGCUGGCGCUGCGCGGCAAGCUAUACUUCUGCACUAGAUCUGACGGCCUGAAUGCCCUCGACGUCCCGACUUCGGGCACAAUACACAUGGUCGUCUCCGGCGGGGCACUGGCGCCGCACAGCGCCGCCCUCCCCGGUGCCGUGGCGGCCGCGCUGGAGGGCUGGCUGUACCUUGCGGGGCGGUUGGGACUGGUGGCGCUGGUGCGGCUGCUGCUCGACUUCUACAAGGCGCAACUCAUGUCUUCUGGUUUAUCUAUCGUGUGCGGGACCGCUGCAAAGGUGUAUAGCCGGCGCGUGCUUGAGUGCAUGCCGCACGAGCUGCUGGUGGAGGGCUUCGUGCGCGACUCGCUGUGGAGUUCCCAGCUGGGCCAGGCGGAUGUGCCCGCCGGCAGCAAGUUCAAUCUCGUCAUGAGCUCCGAGCACGCGGCGACAUGGUUUGAUCUGGCCCCAGGUGGGCAGGCGGACGGUGAGGAGAUGGAGGCAGCAAACAUGUUUAAGAUGGGUCCAAAUAAGCAGCGGCUGCGUGUGUCCUUGGGUGGCAUGAACCCCGCACAGCACCAGCAGGCGGUGCUGGAAGUGCUGCAGCAGCUGGAGGAGGAGGAGGAGGAGGUGGGGGCGAUGUAGGUAACGACCUGUAGUGACUAGUGAGGUGGCGGCACUGCUAGGGUUUGCGCUGGCCGACGCAUUGCACAGGCGGCAGUCGGGCGGACUGGACAGCAUACACCAUUGCACGUGACAAAUUCAACCUGUGAAAUAAGAUGAGCGCGGGAGUGCCAGGUUGCAGAGUAUGCAGGGGUGUGUCGUGGUGUGGGGUAAGGUUGCGUGGGCAAGCACGCAGUGCAUGGUAGCUAGGGGCAGGGACGCCUAUCACGUCGGGGCAGGUGCUGGCACAUACCGCACUGGAAAUGGCAGGCUGCGCCUUGGCUUGAGCUUUACAUGCACAUUUGCGGGUGUUGUUUGCUGGUUGAGGUGAAUCGCCAUUGCAGAUGGCAGGACACGUUGGCAAGCAUGAGUGCGGUUUUGGCACUGACUGCUGACGCACUACAGGGGCGGCAGUCGGGGAACCGUGGAGCAGGAGCACUGGCAACCUGGCGUUGGUGGACCUGGUGGCGGUCUGGAGUCGGGGGAGCGGGCAUCGACGCACGAGACAUCGACUGCAACGCCGAAUGAUUGUGGGAUUGAUGCAAAGCAUGCGGUCCUUUGUCAUGAUAUGGCGUUACGUUGAAUGGGCACGGACGCGCCGGGGUAGGGGUAGGGGAGCAUGUCACGUCGGGGCAGGUGCUGACACAACUACCGGUAGUACGGUACUGGCAGGAUGCGCCAUACUGCCACGUUGGUGUGCUUGCGAAUCGCCUUUGGGUAGGCAGGACUAUGGCAUGAAAUUAUGUCAGAGCUUAGGAGGUAGCGACAAGUGUGCGCUGGAACAGGCAUAUACGGCACAGCCAGUGCAAGUAUGGUAUUAUGCACAAUGCCAUCUUUGCUUCGGGUAUUAGACGGGGGUCAUCAAUAGCUGUGCGCUGGAUGACCGUGGGCUUAAAGAGAUUGCGCGCUUGUAAACGGUUGCAAAGGCCUAGCCACAUACGGUGCUCAUACGAUGUGUGAUGCCAGGAGUUUUGUUUCAUAGCUGGACUUGCUACGGCUCCACGUGCUCAAGGUGCUGGGGCCUGGCCUGGUGUGCGUGCUGGAGACGCAUUCCCUGUACCGUGCUGCACGCUGUAAACUCUCGGCUUC